GUCUAUCACCACCUCGAAGUUUUUUUUCGGAAAUCAUUUUUUCUGGCAGGAUAGGGAGAUCUCGAGACGGGCGAGACCCCGUGAAAAUAUAGAUUUUUUUUUUGACGUAACGUUGAACCCGGAGGUCCAACAGCCCCAUUCCUCCAAUGGCGGACAGCUCCCCUACCAAUAAGCCGGCAACGGGUACGGGUACGCCCUCCAAGGUUGGCUCGCCGAAAUCAGCGGGGUCGCCCAAGUCGGCGAAGUCACCACCCAAGUCGCCGCCAAAGUCCCCGUCGGAAGCCUCCGAGGCCGCGGCCGGGCCGUCCACUGAUAUCCUGCCUCCGGAGACCUGGACCGAGAUCGGGUCCGACGCCGGUGACGUCGACUCGGCGCUGGGGGACGAUGACGAGGGCUCCACCGCGUCGUUAACGGCAAGCCUUCUCGAGUAUCGCACCUACCACGGCCGCACGUAUCACAGCAACGUGGGCAAUGCGCAGUACUGGGGUUCGAACGAUGAGCGGGCGGCCGAGGCGAUGGACAUCAACCACCACAUGCUCACUCUGGCUUUGGGCGGGAAGCUGUUCCUGGCGCCACUGGAGAAGGACAAGGUCAAGAAAGCCAUCGAUAUCGGCACUGGAACAGGUGUCUGGGCGAUUGAUUUUGCCGACGCCUUCCCGCAAACCCAGGUAAUCGGCACGGACCUGUCCCCGAUCCAGCCUAGCUGGGUGCCGCCCAACCUGAGCUUCGAGAUCGACGACGCGACCCAGCCGUGGACCUUCCGUCCCAACUCGGUCGACUACAUCCACAUGCGCUACCUGCUGGGCUCCAUCGCCGACUGGGAUGCGCUGUACCGGGAGGCUUACCAUACGCUGGCCCCGGGCGGCUGGAUCGAGCACUACGAGGCCGCCCCGUACCUGGAGAGCGACGACGGCACCGUCGACGAGAACUCGGCCAUGGGCCAGUGGGGCAAGAUCUUCGUCGCCGGCAGCAAGGUGACCGGCCGGAGCUUCACCGUCGUGCCCGACGGCGUGCAGAGGAGCGGGAUGGAGAAGGCCGGGUUUGAGGAUAUCCAGACGUGGGAUUUUAAGUGCCCAAUCGGAGGCUGGCCGAAGGACCCCCAGCUGAGGGAGAUUGGGCUGUAUGGGAGGAUGGCGCUCGAGACGGAUAUUGAAGGCUACGUGCUCUUCAUCACCAACGUCAUCAGCGGCUGGUCCAGGGAGCAGGUGCUGGUCUACAUCGCUCACUUGCGCCGCGAGUUGCGCAACAACGCCAUCCAUGGCUACUGCAGGUUGCGUGUCGUAUGGGGUCGAAAGCCCGUGAAGUCGACCGCCACGGCGAAUGCUUAAGUUGCUGUGGAUUGUUCAUCGGCUGACGGGCCUGGUCUUGGAUUUAAUAU